UUUUUGGAAUGAGAAGUGAUCUAGAUAAUGAGAUGCAGAACUUUUGUGUGUUUUUUUGCGUCAUGUUAAUCUGAAUUGUUGUUGGAGGAGUCUACCGACUUGAUACGACUCGAACAGGACAAGCCUCUGCAGUGGACGCACACGCCGCGUAGUCGCAUACAGGACACGCUCCCAGGAGACUUGAAGUCAUAGUCUCAAAUUACUAACGCCAUGUCUACCUCCACGCUGGUUAGCCUGGGAGGUGUCUCGGCCAGGAGUCAGUCCACCUACAGGGCCGUCCCCGACCAGCAGCUUGAUCAGCUGACCGAUGAGCAGCUGGCCAAGUCCACGGAGCAACUGCAGGCGAACGUCAAGAUGCUACAACUGGAGACAGACGUGUUCGAGAAGUUUCUACAGCGCGUCGACCCGUGGGAGCACGCAGCGACCGCCGGUGGCAGCAUACAGCCGGGGAGCUCAGUGCAGUCGACCACGCCCUCCCUCAGCCCUGCCCAAUCAGCGUCCGACGUCAGCACCAGCGACCAAUCAACGCGCAGCACGCUCCGCGGCAGACGCAAGCAGAGCGGAAAGGGCGGCCGGUCCGGGUACAGCGGCGGGAUGCGCGGCGUAGCCCUGGUGCGGCUGACGCCCGAGCAGCGCUGCGACGUGGCCAGCCGAGAACUGGAGGAGCUCAACGAGGCCCUGCAGGCGCAGGAGAACCAGCACGAGCGCAGUCUGCAGAACCUGCGGGCGGUGCUAGAGGCGGCCGAUAUCCGGCUCAAGGAGAUCCAGAACGUGUCCGCCGCGUUCGAGAAGGACGUGAUCAAGGGCGCCGUCAACCCGCGCUCCAGUCGCGUCAUGUCCGAAAAGGUUCAACGGCAUUUUGACGAGUUGAACAAGUCGAGAGAUGCACUUCUGGAGAAGCUUCGACUGAAGAAUGCCAACAUGAAGACCAUGACGCGGAAACUCGAGACGCACAUGCGGCAGAAGGAAGAGAUGGGCGAGGUUCUUCGCCAAGUGGACUUUGACCAGCUGAAAAUAGAAAACCAGCAAUUCCUAGACAGAAUAGAGGACAAGAAUAACACCAUGAUACAACUGAAGCUGUUGGCGGGCCGUUCUCUUCACGAGCUGAACCAGCAGAAACGUAAAAUGCAGGCACUGACAGAGGAGGGCCGCCGGCUGGACGCGGCCACGCAGCGCGAGCAGGCCAUCGGUCAGCGCGUGACAACCGAGCAUGCGGUCGUCGAGAAGCAGCUGGUGACGUCACGAGCCAUCAAUGACAAGCUGCGCACGCAUAUGGCCAACUACCGUGUGCCGCCGACCAUGGACUACAUCCGCACCAACGACCGCGUCUACAAGCUGAAGCGCAAGGUCAUCAUCUGGCAGCGCAAGCUGGACAUCUCCAAGAUGACGCUGCUCAACCUGAAAGCUGUGCAUGGCGUCAAGUCGGAGCAGCUGACGCCGAGUUUGGGCCUCACCGACCCAUCAGCAGGGGGGUCGGGUGUACUGGACCAAUCGGAGGGUGAGGAGGGUGGUGGCGACCAAUCAGACGCGGGGCACGAUGCCGCCGGUCGGGAGGUCGCGGGCGCGGCGAGCACGAAGACCGUGGAGAGCGCCGGAGAUGAGCAGGCGCCGGCCAACAGUGUUCUUAGCGUUUUUAGCUCCAAACUGUUGGGGCCGUCUAAAGGAAGUAUGCAUCAAUGACUGACAAGAUGGCCGGGUACAGCACCCGCUCAAAAUCUGGGCCAGUAAGCCAUGAUGAUGGUCUUUACUGAUCCACAUCGACGGCGAGUGGUCAGGACGGGAAUGUACUCGUGAUUACGUGACAUUUGUGGCCAUCUGGACCAUUUGUUACAGUGAGACAGCGUUUCUUUCGUAUUUGGCCCUGCAUUUGCAAUCUAUCACGUUCUGUGAUGUUUGCACUUUGUAGGUUAGGCACCAGUAUACAACGGUGAACGCUGGUCAACGGGGGUUGGCGCUGAGAGCUUCGCUGACAAUAUCGCAUUUUCAACCGCUUAACGGAGAGAUGGAUGCACAAGUGAGGGUGUACACAAGAAUUGCUUCCUAAUGCCUGUAGAAGUUCUAGCAUAUGAGUGGCGAGUCGGUUUUAAAUGUUAGUAUAAUGUUUAAAGCUGUUGUAAUGUGUGUGGCCCGGGCAUUUCCGGUCCCAGAAAUCUCAGAAAUUUUCAGUGUGUUUCAGUAAAUUUUGCUGAAAUUAAAGCAGUACUAACACAUCUACAAAAGCGCACCAGCUAUGUCACCCAGGCCUACCGCAAGCCGCUACCGCGGGACCGUUGCCCUAUCGCGCGCCAUUUCCGCUCCUGCAGCAGGCGGCCUCGGACGAGAUCUUGAGGAGGGACGCCGGAUGCGUGGAUUCGCCGCUUCCCAGGGUCACCGACGGCUCGAGCCUGG